AUGGAGCAGCGCCUUGCCUUUGCAAUAACUCGGCGUAGACGCCAAUUCAAAUACUGGGCACGGCAUGCUAGCAAGCUUAGCCAUGUCGCGCCUAUUCAAGAUCAACCUCACGAUAACGAUGUUCGCCCCCAGGUGGCACCACCACCUAGGUCUCGAAAGACCCAGCUAGCAGGCAAAGAGAGCAGAGUCAAUACACUGGUUAUCGAGGAAGUCAAAGAACCUACGGCAUUGCUUUCACAUACAGAAGCUACUGCAUAUCACGAGCCCAUAGAAGAUCAAACGGAGAGAGGGACUGUUAUUACGGCGGCAUCUACUGCAUUUGAUUCAGAUGGACACUACGUCGAUCUUCCAGGCCCACCCGCUGUGUCGAUGCUUGGUGACUUCGUCUGCCCGUAUUGUUCUGUCUUGUGUGAGCAAAAGUAUAGCAGACGAAACGCGUGGAGAACCCACUUGUUGCACGAUUUGCAGCCCUACAUCUGCACCUACGAAAACUGCCCUGAGUCCAACUGCUUAUUUCCUAGCAGAACGGCUUGGGUCGAUCAUGAAACAUCGUUCCAUCGACAAUCAUGGCGCUGUUUUGAGCACUCUCUGCAGUUCCCGACUGCUCCCGCUCUGAAGUCUCAUCUUCUAGAUGAUCAUAUAGGUUCACUGACGGAGAAGCAGAUGGACAGUCUCGUCAAUUUGUCUUUCGUCGGUUCCGUCGACGAACGGCCGUAUUGUCCUAUAUGCUUCCAAGAACCUCCGUUCGCCAAAGGGCUCGAAACCCAUUUAGCCAACCACUUAGAGAGAUUUGCCAAAUUUUCUCUGCCAAAGACCUACGAUCAAGACGAUGAUUCUCGCGGCAGUCUCUCAACGCGCAGUAAGCGAAACAGCUCAAGGAUUUCAGAGCCCACUGCAGCAGAAAUUCUUGACGAGGGCACCGCUGAAACCGCAUUUACAAUGCGUGUUGGCCAGCAUCCGGUUCGACAGCCCCGGGGGCCACCCCCCAUGGACGAGCUGCGCACCAAGCCGACUGCCAAGUACGAGGGUAGCAAGAACUUUGCCGCCCGCACUCGCCGGUCCGCUGUCCAGAAUCUCAUGCGAGCCGGCUUGGAGAGACGUAGGCAUACAGUUUCCCUGGCCACCCAAGAUGCGUCAUAUUUUACGCCUUCCACUCGUGAAGAAAGCCUGGAUGGGUCCCAGGAGGCGCAAAGUAACAUUCCUACUGCACGUGCCUCAACUCUACACAUUCCCACUACAUUGCAUGCAACAGCUAUCCAAAGUUAUGCACCAGAAGAAAUUGGUGAAAUAGUGCUUCGUGAGGGCGAACCAGUGACAAUACUAGAGAUGACAAGUGAUAGCUGGUGGACUGGAUGCAAUGCUGCAGGCGAUAAGGGCCUCUUCCUCUCAAACCACGUCCAGUAUCUUGAGGACCCGCCUUCACCACCUGUUGAAUAUGAAACCCUUUUCUGGUGGGGUGCAAUAGACUCGAGAAAUAACAACAAGAAACGAGGAAGGCCAUCCUCCCACCGCUCAGAGGGGAGUUUUGACUCUCCAGAAUCCCUCGGUCGGAAAGAAGAUUCGUCUCACGACUCUGAUACUUGGAGCGGCUUCAUUAUAGAAGAAUGCAAUAGCGAUGAUUAUGCAUCUGAUGACCCGAAUGUGCUGAAACCUUACGCUUUUGAAUAUCCGGAGUCACACGCUUCUCAGAAAAGCUGCAGCGUCAAUUUGUACCCAAAAACGAUGCAGACGAUGUCUGCGUUGGACGUUACAACAUUCCUCUCGGAUUGGAGCUCAGAAGACGAGGGCAACGAGGCAGACGCUGAGAGGAUCAGUGAGGAAUGGGUCAAGCGAAGCCAAGCCAGAGCACGGCGUAUGGCGUCUGUGGGUAUAAGCAAGCGGACUUUCACAGAGAGAGACAGCGACGCAGACACAGACCGUGAGGAUCUUGAGCCUCGGGAGACUACAAAUUUGCGACACAGACGAAGGAGGAACAGAGCGGAUGCUCUGGCAUUUCUGGAUGAGCCCGAGCUCAUUAUUGACUUAUUAGAACCCAAAAGUGACGACUAA